AUGAUUUCAUUCCAAGAUGCUGGAGAUUAUCAGAAUUGUGUAGCAAAAGCUUUGUAUGACAACAUAGCUGAAUCUCCAGAUGAGUUGGCAUUUAGGAAAGGUGAUUUGCUUACAGUUUUAGAACAAAACACAGGUGGUAUUGAAGGAUGGUGGCUUUGCUCAUUGAGAGGAAGACAAGGUAUUUGCCCUGGCAACAGAUUGAGAAUUCUUCCUGGAUUUUAUGAUAUUGGGACUGCAGAUUUACCAAUUCAAAAUUUAAGUAAACGAAGAAGUUGGCAUGUACAACCCAAUAUGGUUCUGACUCCACAAAAAUUUGGUGAUAUCUACUUAUAUAAUCUACCGGCUGGAUCUCAGUGUCAAAAAUAUGACAUUCCUCCUCCUCUUCAAGAUUCAUUAUUGCAAGCAUAUGACGUUCCUAGAGCUCUUUCUCGCGAAAGCACAGAAUCUACUUUGUCUACUCCAAAACGCUCUGUUCCUCCUGUUCCUCAAUUUGAAUCUGACAGUCGAGAACCAGACAGUCAAUUUUACGACAUUCCUAGACCAUUAUUGGCCAACAGCCAACCGUUAACGCCAAGUAGCUCAGCUAGUUCUCUUACGGCUCCAGAAUCCCUUUCACUUCCUAGUUCUAACAGGUCAAGUUUACUAUCAGGACCCGAAUACGACAUACCAAAGUCAAGACUUUCUUCGUCUCAGCUGUACGACGUUCCGGCACCUAAUCCAAAACCCAAGGAACUUCCUUUGGAAUUAAACUCGGCUCUGGAAACGUUAAAUAGGUUACAAAAUGAGGCGUCGGGAGCGGUUCAACGCCUUCUCGGAUUAUUAAGCCCUGGAUGGCGCCGUCUGGAUAACUUACAAAAUAGAAUUUUCGAUAUUAAACUUGCAGCUGAAAGGCUUAGAACAUCCUUACACGAACUAUCAGAAUUUUGCGAAGGGUCUUUAGGGAAUGCAUACAAAGCCGCUGACAAAAAUCUUGUCAUUAAGUUGAAACCAUUAGCAAAAGCUUUACGUGAUGCUGAUAAAAUAGUUCAGGAAACUUGUAACGAAUUAGAUGUUAUGAAUUGGUCGAUUCAGGAUUUAUCCCGAGACUCGGAUCAAGACAGUUCCCUAGAUAAUCUUGAUCGAUUGAUAGCAUGUGCCAAAUCUUUAACGGAAGAUAUAAGGAGAGCGGCUUCAUCUCUUCAAGGAAACGCUCCGUUAUUGUUUAAAAGAGAUUCCUCGGGAACAUUGCCAGAAGAUUACGAUUACGUAAAUUUAGAAUCGAAGGAUUCGAUAGAAAGCGAAAUAAGUCAAGCACUUCCAACGGAAUUAAAAAAAUCAUAUAAUGCCAUCCUUCGGGAUGCGGAAAAUAAUUCACUUUUGGUGGAAGAUUGUAACGACGAAGAAAACGACGAUGCAAGAUUGAUAAGAUUUUAUGCAGCUUUAACUGUAUCACACACAGCUCAACUCACGCGAGCCAUUGACGCAUUUUUACAAACAGUCGAACAUAAUCAACCUCCAAAAAUAUUUUUAGCUCACGGUAAAUUCGUCGUACUAAGCGCACACAGGCUUGUCCACGUGGGAGACACGGUGGCAAGAAACGUCAGUCAAGCUCACAUCAAACAACGGAUACAAGAAAGAGCCGAUGGACUUUCCGAAGCACUUGAUCAAACCGUUCAAAGAACCAAAAGAGCGGCUCAACAUUUUCCGAACGUUGCUGCCGUUCAAGACAUGGUGGAUGCCAUAGUCGACGUUUCUCAUUUUGCAAGAGAUUUAAAAAUGAGUUUAGUCAUGGCAAUGUAA